UAGCUGCAGCUGUAAUCGUAACAUCUGUGGAUGAAGGUCUUGCUCGUAAUCCAGAAAUCAUUUCAUUGGUUAAGCAAAAUUUGCCUAAAAUUCUAUCUAAAAGUGGUGAAAAAUGGCAUGAAUUGGUGAAAUACGUUGAAGAAAGAAUGUGGGAUCCUAAUGUUGAAAAGUUUUUUGAAAAUGAAACUUUGAUUGAAAAAAGUAAAUUUUAA